CUGACAGAUGAACGGGAAGAUGUUCAAAAGAAAACUUUCACAAAAUGGAUAAAUGCACAGUUUGCUAAGUUUGGAAGACGUUACAUUGAAGACCUUUUUAAUGAUUUUCGAGAUGGACGAAGACUUCUGGAGCUCCUGGAAUGUCUUACAGGCCAAAAACUUGCAAAAGAAAAGGGCUCCACAAGAGUUCAUGCUCUGAACAAUGUCAACAAAGCAAUCCACGUUUUGCAGAGAAAUAAUGUUGAUUUGGUAAAUAUUGGGAGCUCAGAUAUUGUGGAUGGAAAUCAUAAGCUGACCCUUGGUUUGAUCUGGAAUAUAAUCCUCCACUGGCAGGUCAAAGAUGUAAUGAAAAACAUCAUGGCUGGACUGCAGCAGACAAACAGUGAGAUGAUUCUGCUGAGCUGGGUCCGUCAAUUGACUCGCAAUUACCCACAGGUCAACGUUACCAAUUUCACCACUAGCUGGUCUGAUGGAUUGGCUUUCAACGCACUCCUCCACAGCCACAGACCAGACCUAUUUGAUUGGAACGCUGUUGUUUCCAAGCAGUCACCUGUACAACGAUUAGACCAUGCCUUCAACAUAGCCAGGAAACACCUGGGAAUAGAGAAACUCCUUGAUCCCGAAGAUGUUGCAACUGCCUGUCCAGAUAAAAAGUCCAUCUUGAUGUAUGUGACUUCGCUGUUUCAAGUCCUGCCCCAGCAAGUCACCAUGGAAGCCAUCAGGGAGGUGGAGAUGCUGCCGCGGCACUCACGGGUCACCAGAGAAGAGCACAUAGAAGUACAUGAACAGCAUUUUUCACAAGAAAUCACAGUCAGUGUUCCCCAGGGACCUUCGCCUUCUCCUAAACCGCGGUUCAAAAGUUGCACGUAUGCGCAAGCUGUGUAUGUCACAUCCCCCGACCAAAAAAGGAGGCAGGUUCCUCCACAGUUUUUAGAAAGUGUUGAAGAAAAGAAAUUUAGCACCAUGCGGAUGGGGGCUGGAGAUCUUGAAAACUACCAAACUGCUUUAGAAGAAGUACUCACAUGGCUUCUCUCUGCUGAAGAUGCAUUACAAGCACAAGGAGAUAUAUCCAAUGAUGUAGAAGUUGUUAAAGAACAAUUUCACACCCAUGAGGGUUUUAUGAUGGAGUUAACAGCUCACCAAGGACGUGUUGGUAAUGUUUUGCAAGUUGGAAGUCAACUUUUAAACACUGGAAAACUUUCAGAUGAGGAAGAGAAUGAAAUCCAAGAACAAAUGAAUCUACUUAACUCUCGUUGGGAAAGUCUCAGGGUAGCAAGUAUGGAAAAACAAAGCAAUUUACAUAAAAUCCUAAUGGAUCUGCAGAAUCAGCAGCUAGCCCAGCUAGGUGAUUGGCUGACAAAAACAGAGGAAAAAACAAAGAAAACUGACUUGGAGCCCUUAGGUCCAGAUCUAGAGGACCUAAAGCGUCAAAUAGAAGAGCAUAAGGCAUUUCAAGAAGAUCUGGAGCAGGAACAAGUCAAGGUGAAUUCUCUAACCCAUAUGGUAGUGGUGGUGGAUGAAAACAGUGGUGACAGAGCUACUGCUGCACUUGAAGAGCAGCUUCAGCACUUUGGAAAACGGUGGGCAGCCAUCUGUAGAUGGACAGAAGAACGGUGGGUCCUUCUGCAGGAUAUCCUUCGCAAAUGGCAGCAUUUUGCAGAAGAGCAGUGCCUUUUUGAUGCAUGGCUUACUGAGAAAGAGGAUGCUGUGAGCAAAAUUCAUACAACUGGCUUUGGAGAUCAGAAUGAAAUGCUGACCAACCUAAGCAAAUUAGCUAUCCUAAAAGGAGAUCUAGAAAUGAAAAGGCAAAUGAUGAGUAAGCUGAAGUUGCUCAGCCAAGAUCUGCUUGUAGCUGUGAAAAAUAAAGCAGUGGCUCAAAAGCUGGAAAGUCGUCUCGAAAAUUUUGCCCAGCGCUGGGAAAGCCUUGUGCAGAAGGUGGAGAGCAAUUCUAAACAGAUUUCGCAGGCUGUCACUACCACUCAGACAUCACUAACACAGACAACUGUAAUGGAAACUGUAACUAUGGUGACCACAAGAGAGCAAAUCCUGGUUAAGCAUGCUAAAGAGGAACUCCCACCACCUCCACCCCACAAAAAAAGGCAACUCCUUGUGGAUUCAGAAAUUAGGAAGAGGUUUGACUCGGACACCACGGAGCUGCACAGCUGGAUGACGCGCUCCGAGGCAGUGCUGCAAAGCCCCGAGUUUGCCGUCUUUCGGAAAGAAGGGAACCUCUCAGACCUCAGAGAAAGAGUCAAUGCCAUCCAGCGAGAAAAGCCUGAGAAGUACAGAAAACUGCAAGAUGCCAGCAGAUCAGCUGAGGCCCUGGUGGAACAGAUGGUGAAUGAGGGUUUGAAUCCUGACAACAUUAGACAAGCCUCAGAGCAGCUGAAGAGCCGCUGGAUUGAGUUCUGUCAGUUGCUGAGUGAAAGACUGGCAUGGCUGGAGUACCAAAAUAACAUCAUUGACUUCUACUCCCAGCUGCAGCAACUGGAGCAGACAGCAAUUACUGCAGAAAACUGGCUGAAAGCACAACCCACACCAGCAGCAGAUCCUGCUACAGUAAAAACUCAGUUAGAAAGAUGCAAGGUUAGAGAUCCUUCUUCAAGUUUUUUAUGUUCUGAAUCUACCUUUGCAGGAUCAGCAAUUCCCAAAGGUGAAGUCAUCAUUGUCAUCAUUGCUGUUGUUAUUAAUAAUGAUGAAUUAUUCAUCUACAUUCAAAUGAUGUUUCUCCUGUUUAUUUCAGGAGUUUUUGACAGUUUGCCUCCUGCACACUACAAGGAGACAAUGAACACUAUACUUGUGUGGAUGCAGCAGUCAGAAUCUAAACUCUCCAUGCCUCAGGUCGCAGUUGCUGAAUACGAAAUCAUGGAGCAGAGACUCAGGGAGUUAAAGGCUCUACAAAGUUCUCUGCAAGAGCAGCAGAAAGGCCUGACCUAUCUCAGCACAACUGUGGAAGACCUGUCGAGGAAGGCCCCUCUGGAAGUCAGCCAGAGUUACCGGUCAGAGGUUGAGGUGGUCCUUGGCCGCUGGAAGAAGCUCUCGGCACAGCUGGCAGAACAUUGCCAGAAACUGGAGGAGCGUCUGACCAAACUCCAGCGAUUCCAGAAUGACACUAAAACACUGAGAAAGUGGAUGGCUGAGGUGGAUGUUUUCCUGAAGGAAGAGUGGCCUGCCCUUGGAGACUCAGAAGCACUGGAAAAGCAACUUGAGCAAUGUACAGCUUUAGUAAAUGAUAUCCAGACAAUCCAGCCCAGUUUGAACAGUGUUAAUGAGACUGGGAAGAAAAUGAAGAGUGAAGCAGAGCCAGAAUUUGCUUCCAGAAUAGAGUCAGAGCUAAAGGAUCUCAAUGCUCAGUGGGACCACAUUUGCCAACAGGCCUGUGCUAAGAAGGCUGCACUAAAAGGUGGUCUGGAUAAGACUGUGAGUCUCAGAAAGGAUUUGUCAGAGAUGCACGAGUGGAUAACACAAGCUGAGGAGGAAUAUUUGGAAAGAGAUUUUGAGUAUAAAACACCUGAUGAGUUACAGAAAGCUGUUGAGGAGCUGAAGGGUUUGAAUCCUGACAACAUUAGACAAGCCUCAGAGCAGCUGAAGAGCCGCUGGAUUGAGUUCUGUCAGUUGCUGAGUGAAAGACUGGCAUGGCUGGAGUACCAAAAUAACAUCAUUGACUUCUACUCCCAGCUGCAGCAACUGGAGCAGACAGCAAUUACUGCAGAAAACUGGCUGAAAGCACAACCCACACCAGCAGCAGAUCCUGCUACAGUAAAAACUCAGUUAGAAAGAUGCAAGAUUGAACGGCUAAAGGCUCAAAGUCAAGUACUCAAAGAGAAAGAACAAGGACCAGUGUUUCUGGAUGCUGACCUUGCUGCUUUUACCAGCCAUUUCAAACAAAUAUUUGCUGACAUGCAUGCCAGAGAAAAGCAGCUACAGACCAUUUUUGACAGUUUGCCUCCUGCACACUACAAGGAGACAAUGAACACUAUACUUGUGUGGAUGCAGCAGUCAGAAUCUAAACUCUCCAUGCCUCAGGUCGCAGUUGCUGAAUACGAAAUCAUGGAGCAGAGACUCAGGGAGUUAAAGGCUCUACAAAGUUCUCUGCAAGAGCAGCAGAAAGGCCUGACCUAUCUCAGCACAACUGUGGAAGACCUGUCGAGGAAGGCCCCUCUGGAAGUCAGCCAGAGUUACCGGUCAGAGGUUGAGGUGGUCCUUGGCCGCUGGAAGAAGCUCUCGGCACAGCUGGCAGAACAUUGCCAGAAACUGGAGGAGCGUCUGACCAAACUCCAGCGAUUCCAGAAUGACACUAAAACACUGAGAAAGUGGAUGGCUGAGGUGGAUGUUUUCCUGAAGGAAGAGUGGCCUGCCCUUGGAGACUCAGAAGCACUGGAAAAGCAACUUGAGCAAUGUACAGCUUUAGUAAAUGAUAUCCAGACAAUCCAGCCCAGUUUGAACAGUGUUAAUGAGACUGGGAAGAAAAUGAAGAGUGAAGCAGAGCCAGAAUUUGCUUCCAGAAUAGAGUCAGAGCUAAAGGAUCUCAAUGCUCAGUGGGACCACAUUUGCCAACAGGCCUGUGCUAAGAAGGCUGCACUAAAAGGUGGUCUGGAUAAGACUGUGAGUCUCAGAAAGGAUUUGUCAGAGAUGCACGAGUGGAUAACACAAGCUGAGGAGGAAUAUUUGGAAAGAGAUUUUGAGUAUAAAACACCUGAUGAGUUACAGAAAGCUGUUGAGGAGCUGAAGAGAGCAAAGGAGGAAGCCCUGCAGAAAGAAGUGAAAGUGAAGCUUAUUACAGAUUCUGUGAAUAACUUUAUAGCAAAGGCUCCACCAGCAGCUCAUGAGGCUUUGAAAAAAGAGCUGGAUGUUCUAAUUACCAGCUACCAGCAACUCUGCAGCAGGCUGAAUGGAAAGUGGAAGACUUUGGAGGAGGUAUGGGCAUGUUGGCGCGAAUUAUUGUCAUAUUUGGAUGCAGAAAAUAAAUGGUUGAAUGAGAUUGAACUAAAACUCAAAGCUACUGAAAAUGUCCAGGGAGGUGCAGAAGAGAUUUCUGAGUCUCUAGAUUCUUUGGAACGUUUAAUGAGGCAUCCAGAAGAUAAUCGCAACCAGAUUCGGGAGCUGGCUCAGACUUUGACAGAUGGUGGAAUCUUGGAUGAAUUGAUAAAUGAGAAACUUGAGAAGUUUAAUACUCGGUGGGAAGAACUUCAGCAGGAGGCUGUGAGAAGGCAGAAAAGUCUUGAACAGAGUAUUCAAUCUGCACAGGAGACUGACAAAACCCUGCGCUUGAUCCAAGAGUCUCUGGCUGUUAUUGACAAACAGUUAACAGCCUACACUGCAGACAGAGUGGAUGCAGCACAGGUCCCUCAGGAAGCACAGAAAAUACAAUCUGAAUUAACAAGCCACGAGAUUAGUUUGGAAGAAAUGAAGAAACGAAAUCGGGGUAAAGAUGCUGCCAAAAGAGUGCUUUCCCAAAUUGAUGUGGCACAGAAAAAGCUGCAGGAUGUGUCGAUGAAGUUUCGCUUGUUUCAGAAGCCAGCCAACUUUGAACAGCGCCUCCAGGAAUGUAAAAGAAUUCUAGAUGAAGUGAAAUUGCAGGUGCCCAAGCUGGAGAUGAAGAGUGUUGAGCAGGAAGUAGUACAAUCACAGCUGGAUCAUUGCAUGAAAUUAUAUAAAAACCUGAGUGAGGUGAAGUCUGAAGUGGAAACAGUGAUAAAAACUGGGAGGCAGAUUGUUCAGAAGCAGCAGACAGAGAACCCAAAGGAACUGGAUGAAAGGCUUACGGCUUUGAAGCUGCAAUAUAAUGAAUUGGGUGCAAAGGUGACAGAAAAAAAGCAAGAGUUAGAGAAAUGCUUGAAAUUGUCCAGGAAACUACGGAAAGAGAUCAAUGCUCUGACAGAGUGGCUGGCAGUGACAGACGCAGAACUGACAAAGAGAUCGGCUGCGCAGGGGAUGCCGAGCAAUUUGGAUGCUGAAAUUGCCUGGGGCAAGGCAACACGGAAGGAAAUUGAGAAACGCCAGGUCCAGCUUAAGAGCAUCAGUGAUUUAGGAGAGAACUUGAAGACGGUGAUGAAAGGAAAGGAAAGUCUCGUGGACGAUAAACUCAGCCUCCUGAACAGUAAUUGGAAAGCAGUAACUUCACGUGCUGAGGAAUGGUUCAAUCUCUUACUGGAAUAUCAAAAGCACAUGGAGGCUUUUGAUCAGAAUGUAGCUAAUGUCACUACUUGGAUGUAUCGUGCUGAAAUACUGUUGGAUGAAUCUGACAAACAAAAGCCCCAGCAAAAAGAGGAAAUUCUUAAGCGCUUAAAGGCUGAGCUGAAUGACAUUCACCCCAAGGUGGAGUCUGUGCGUGACCAGGCCAGAGACCUGAUGACAAACCGUGGGGAUCACUGCAGGAAAGUAGUAGAGCCUAAACUCUCUGAGCUCAACCAGCGAUUUGCAGCUAUAUCACAGAGAAUUAAGAGUGUAAAGCCCUUCAUUCCUUUGAAAGAAUUGGAGCAAUUUGACUUCGAUAUACAAAAAAUGCUUGAACCACUGGAGGUUGAAAUUCAGCAGGGAGUGAAUCUGAAAGAGGAGGACUUCAAUAAAGAUAUGAGUGAAGAGGAUGAAAGCACAGUGAAAGAAUUGCUGCAAAGGGGCGACAGGCUUCAAAAGGGAGUCACAGAUGAGAAAAAACGUGAGGAAAUAAAGACAAAACAACAGCUGUUGCGGACUAAACAUAAUGCUCUCAAGGACUUGAGAGCUCAAAGAAGAAAAAAGGCUUUAGAGAUUUCUCAUCAAUGGUAUCAGUACAAGAGGCAGGCUGAUGACCUAAUGACAUGGCUGGAUGACAUUGAGAAAAAGUUAGCCGGUCUGCCAGACCACAAAGAUGAGCAGAAGCUAAAGGAGAUUGGUGGAGAAUUGGAGAAGAAGAAGGAAGAUCUGAAUGCGGUGCACAGGCAGGCUGAACGCUUGUCUAAGGAUGGGGCUGCAAAAGCAGUGGAGCCAACCCUGAUACAGCUCAGCAAGCGCUGGCAAGAUUUUGAGAGCAAAUUUGCUCAGUUUCGAAGACUCAACUAUGCACAAAUUCAAACAGUUCGUGAAGAUACAACUUUUGUGAUGACUGAAACUAGGACUAUGGAAACCACUCAUGUGCCUUCUACAUACCUGGCAGAGAUCCUUCACCUCCUGCAAGCCUUGUCUGAAGUGGAAGAGCGCCUUAAUUCUCCUGUUCUGCAGGCUAAGGACUGUGAGGAUCUCUUCAAACAAGAAGAGUGUCUCAAGAGCAUUAAGGAUAGCCUUGGGAGACUGCAGGGUCAUGUAGAAAUGAUUAACAACAAGAAGACACCGGCUUUGCAAAAUGUUACACCAAAGGAAGCAGCAAAUAUACAAGAAAAGCUGACUCAACUUAAUUUUGAAUGGGAGAAACUUAACAAGAUGUACAGGGACAGACAGGCACGGUUUGACAAAUCUUUGGAAAAGUGGCAGAUUUUUCAUUCUGACAUGAAGAGAUUUAAUCAUUGGCUAAGUGAAACUGAAGAGAAGCUGUCAAGAGCACAGAUAGAGGCUGGAGACGUGGGGCUUGUGAAAACCAAGCAAUUUAUCCAGGAGCUUCAGGAUGGCAUCGGGCAGCAGCAAGCUGUUGUCAAAAUAUUGAAUGCAACCGGUGAAGAGAUUAUUGAACAGUCAUCAACGGCAGAUGCCAAAGUGCUGAAGGAACAACUGGAAAGUUUAAAUAACCGGUGGAAGGAGAUCUGCAGACAGUUGGUAGAGAAAAAAAAGAGGAUUGAGGAAGAAAAGAAUAUUUUGUCAGAAUUUCAAGAGGAUUUGAACAAGUUGAUUUUAUGGUUAGAGGAAGCAGACAGCAUUGUUUGUAUUCCCCUUGAACAAGGGAAUGAAGACCAGUUGAGAGACUGCCUGAGCAAAGUAAAGUUAAGAGUUGGAGAGCUGCCGCCCCACAAGGGAAUACUGAAACGAUUAAAUGAAACUGGAGGAAUAGCACUUGGAAGUGCAUCGCUGAAACCAGAAAAAAAACAUAAGCUUGAGAGUACACUGAAGGAGGCUAACCACCGUUUGUUAAAGGUGUCCAAAGAUCUUCCAGAAAAACAAAAGGAAAUAGAGAUUCUGCUAAAGGAUUUUGUUGAACUUGAUCAGCAGCUCAAUCAGGUGAUAUUGUGGGUAACACCUGUCAAGAACCAGCUAGAGCUUUACAACAAAGUGGGUCAGCCAGGAGCCUUUGAUAUUAAGGAAACUGAAGCAGCAGUGCAAGCUAAACAGCCGAAUGUGGAAGAGGUUUUGUCUAAAGGGUGUCAUUUAUAUAAGGAAAAACCAGCUACUCAUCCAGUAAAGAAAACGUUAGAAGACUUGAAUGCUGACUGGAAGGCAAUACACCACUUAAUUCAACAAUUGAAGGAAAAGCCAGCAUUAGCAGCAUUUGGCCAUCUAUCUUCAGGUGUCUUAACUCCUGGUGAAACUGUUGCUGUGGAUACACAAACCAGGGUAACCAAGGAAACCACCACCUUCAAACCAGAAAUGCCAUCUUCUGUGCUUUUGGAGGUUCCAGCCUUGGCUGAUUUCAAUAAGGCAUGGGCAGAACUCACUGACUGGCUUUCUCGACUGGAUCGAGAGAUAAAAUCUCAGAGAGUGAAAGUAGGUGAUCUUGAUGACAUCAACGACAUGAUCAUCAAACAAAAGGCAAUACUACAGGAUCUGGAGCAAAGACGUCCCCAGCUGGAUGAAUUAAUAACUGCAGCACAAAAUCUAAAAAACAAGACGAGCAAUCAAGAGGCCCGGACAAUAAUUACUGACCGCAUUGAGAAGAUACAGAGCCAGUGGGAUGAAGUGCAUGGAUACCUCCAAACCCGGAGGCAGCAGCUUGAAGAGAUGUUGAAGGAUUCAACGCAGUGGCUGGAAGCAAAGCGAGAAGCUGAGCAGGUUCUUGAACAAGCAAAAGCUAAGCUUGAAUCAUGGAAAGGAAUCUCCUACACUGUGGAAGCUUUGAAAAAGCAGAACACAGAACUUAAGCAAUUCUCAAAAGAAAUACGACAAUGGCAAAUAAAUGUAGAUGUGGCAAAUGACAUGGCCCUUAAGCUGCUCCGUGAUUAUUCAGCAGAUGACACCAGAAAUGUGCAACUGAUGACAGAUAGUAUCAAUGCUUCGUGGGCUGCCAUUAAUAAAAGGGUGUGUGAACGUGAAGCAGCUCUGGAAUCAGCCCUAAGAAUGUUGCAGCAAUUCUACCUGGAUCUGGAAAAGUUCCUUGCUUGGCUUACAGAAGCUGAGACAACUGCAAAUGUUCUGCAGGAUGCUACACACAAAGAAAAAACACUAGAGGAUGCCAAAAUAGUUCGGGACCUCAUGAAACAGUGGCAGGAACUACAGGCAGAAAUUGAUGCUCACACUGACAUCUUUCACAACCUGGAUGAAAAUGGGCAGAAAAUCCUGAGGUCCCUGGAAGGCUCUGAGGAUGCAACCCUGCUGCAGAGACGUCUGGAUAACAUGAACCUCAGAUGGAGUGAACUUAGGAAGAAAUCUCUAAACAUUAGGUCCCAUUUGGAAGCCAGUACUGACCAGUGGAAGAGAUUGCAUCUCUCUCUUCAGGAGCUUUUGGCAUGGCUGCAGUUGAAGGAGGAUGAAUUAAAACAGCAAGCACCCAUUGGUGGAGAUCUUCCCACUGUGCAGAAACAGAAUGACAUUCAUCGGACUUUCAAGAGGGAGCUAAAAACAAAAGAACCUGUUAUCAGGAGUGCCCUUGAGACGGUGCGAAUCUUCCUGGCCGAGCAGCCUGUGGAGGCAGUGGAGAAGGUCUGCCCGGAGCCCAGAGAGAUUUUGAAACAAGGAUACAUUAAUAAAACACACAAUGUCAGUAAACUUCUGCAAAGGCAAGCAGAUGAGGUCAGAACUGAGUGGGAUAAGCUGAAUGCACAGUCUGCUGACUGGCAAAAGAAGAUCGACGAUGCUCUUGAAAGACUGCAGGGCCUUCAAGAGGCGAUGGAUGAACUGGACCUGAAGCUGCGCCAGGCUGAGGCAUUCAAGGGAUCCUGGCAGCCAGUGGGGGAUCUGCUGAUUGACUCCCUGCAGGAUCACUUGGAAAAAGUCAAGGUUUAUCGAGCAGAACUCGUUCCCCUUAAGGAAAAGGUGCAUCACGUCAAUGAGCUCGCUCGCCGCUUCACUCCCGCCGAUAUUCAACUCUCCCAGUACAAUCUCAGCUGUGUGGAAGACCUAAACACAAGGUGGAAGGUGCUACAGGUGGCCGUUGAUGAGCGCAUCAAGCAACUGCAUGAAGCUCACAGGGAUUUUGGCCCUACAUCCCAGCAUUUUCUUACCACUUCUGUCCAAGGCCCCUGGGAGAGGGCAAUCUCACCAAACAAAGUGCCGUAUUAUAUCAACCAUGAGACGCAAACGACCUGCUGGGAUCAUCCCAAGAUGACUGAGCUCUACCAGUCAUUAGCUGACCUGAACAACGUCAGGUUCUCGGCAUACAGGACUGCGAUGAAACUCCGCAGGCUGCAGAAAGCCCUCUGCUGUAAGUACCUGCCUGUGCCUCACCCUCUGCCAGGAAGGCUCCAUGACCAAAGCACAAGUUUAUUCACAGAUUUCAGAAGCAGAAAAACACUCCCACACAUGGCCCUAUCUCUGCCUGGUACAUGGAGACUUCUCACCUGAAGGGCAUGAUCAUUGCAAAAACCGGAGUGCUGGCUGGUCUGCAGAUCUGUCCCUUGUAAAGCAAGCUGCAGUUCAGAAAUAAAACUCAACAUAGUGUACAUAUUUCUCAUCUUUACACUCUUUAGCCAGGUAUUUUGCCUGUGCCAUGUCCUGUGUCAGCCACAGGUUUACAGCCGAAAGGAACAGAGUUGUGGUGUGUUGGGAGCAGUGAGAGCUCGUUGGGUGAAAUAAUCGCUUCAGAGCUGGAGUUCGUUAAUGGUUCGUUAAGUUGAAUCUUGAACCCUGAGGGGUUAUUGCCUUUAAAUGAGAUCAUUGCAAUAAACAUUUAGGUUCAUUUUUUUCCCCAGCUUUCAGUUGUGUUGAGAAGUCUCUCAUCAGCUGUACAUUAGUGAUGUGCAUGUUCGAACAUUUUAAUUCUCCCAACUGCUGUAUGUUAUUCUACUUCUCACUGGAAUUACAUUUCCUUUUCGGCUUAUUGUAACCUGAUAGCUAAAUAAUUCGCUCAUCAAGAGUUUUCUUGAUAGGCCAGUCAGUUGCCAAAGCAAGCAGUUUAUUAGACAGUCCUACUGGGAGGAUUAUUAAAAUAGUUUAACAUCCACAACUUGGCAUUUAAUUACAGGGUUAAAUUUCUGACACAGUUGCAAAUGUCUCAACUGUUGAUUUAUCUCAAGUUGGAUUUGUGCUCACAUGCUUUCUGGAACUGUGUCAAACCUCGGCAUUUUUGAGCAUGUUUACUUUUAGGCUUAUAAGCAUGGGUGAAUUCUGUUGAAGUGUGCA